CGCCAUCAAGUCGCGCCAAGGCAAAAGCGCCGAGCCGCCAAGCCACGCCCCCUUCGCCUUCGAGGACGGAGGUUGAGCCGCUCGCGGGUUGCCAGGCAGCGGUUCGGACAGCCCGAGAGCUUGGCGCGCGAACGUGCCGACGCAGGGGGCCUUGCGGCGCAGUCAGAGCGGGCUCUAGGCAAGAUGGACGAGGACGACUGGGUGGACUGGGGCGAUCGCCCGACGGUGAACACGAACGACUAUGACCCGACCCCGGACUACAGCAGCCUCGAUGAAGAUUACUUUGACUCGCCCUGCUCCAACUGCAAGAUUGACAUGGAGGUCGAUCGCCUAAAGCUGAAGCUGAAGACCAAUCCCUGUGAUUAUGACGGUCACCUAAAACUGAUAAAACUGCUCCGUGAGAAAGGAUAUAAGAUCUCUGAGCUCCGGUCAGCCCGCGAGUGCAUGAGUCGGCAUUUUCCUCUCACUGAAGGGCUGUGGCUAGAGUGGCUGAAGGAUGAGAUAUCACAAGCUAAAGAAGAUGCUCCAACAGACGGAGUUUAUGAACUUUUUGAGAGAGCAAUAAAGGACUACAUAUGUCCGGAAAUCUGGCUGGAGUACACCCAGUUCUCCAUUAGGGACCUGGGCCCGAUAGGGGCAGAUAGAAUUCGCUCAAUCAUGGAACGGGCGCUCACUGCUGUCGGCCUCCAUAUGACCAAAGGAGCUGCUAUUUGGGAGGCCUAUCGGGAGUUUGAAAAUAUGUUGCUGGCGACCAUGAAGCAACCCCCAGGCUGGAUCCCAACCCCUGAGGAGCAGCGGACCACCAGAGUGCAACUUGAGAGGAUCCAUGCGCUCUAUCGUCGGGAACUGGCAGUUCCCCUCAUAGAUAUGGAGUCGGCAUUUUUGGAAUACGAAAACUGGACCGAGGAGCCGAUCCCGGGGCCAGUGCUGCAGAGCUACAUCAAGGCUGUUCAGCAGUUGCAGAAGUACAAGCCUUACGAAGAGGCCCUGCUGAUAGCUAAAACCCCAAAGCUGGCCGAAUAUCAAGCUUACAUUGACUUUGAAGUGAAGAUUGGGGAUCCAACUCGCAUUCAGCUGAUAUAUGAGCGUGCCCUGGUUGAGAACUGCCUUGUGCCAGAUCUCUGGGUUCCUUACGUUCAGUACUUGGACAGGAAGCUGAAGGUGAAGGAGGUGGUACUUUCCACUUGCAAGCGAGCGGUCAGAAAUUGCCCGUGGGCUGUCAAGCUGUGGAGCCAGUACCUACUGUCCAUGGAGAGGCAUAACGUUGAGCACCAGAUCAUCUCAGAAACCUUCGAAGAGGCUUUGAAAGCUGGCUUCAUUCAGGCCGCUGAUUACUUGGAAAUUUGGCAGGCGUAUCUGGAUUACCUUCGGAGAAGAGUUGACUUUGCCCUAGUCUUGAGUCGGGAGCUGGAAGAGCUUCGGUCAGCCUUUGCCCGUGCCAACAAAUAUUUAAACGAAGAUGUUGAGCGGAAGUUUGUUGACAAGGGAGACCCUUCCUGUGUUCUUUUGCGGACCUGGGCCAGGGUUGAGGCUGUCUACUGCCGCAACAUGAGAAAGACUAGGGAACUAUGGGAUAUUAUUAUGGUCAGCGGGAACGCAAAAUAUGGCAACAUGUGGUUGGAGUAUCACAACCUGGAGCGGGCACAUGGGGAUCCCUAUUACUCCAAGAGAGCGUUGUUCCGGGCCGUGCAGUGCACACAGGACUACCCAGAGCAUGUAUGUGAGGUGCUGCUCACGACGAUGAGAAUUGAAGGCACUUUAGAGGACUGGGAUCUGGCAGUUGAGAAGACAGAUAAACGACUGGCUCGACUUAAAGAGCAGAGGGCAAAGGAGGCAGAAAAGGAGGCCGCUCUGGCAAAGCAAGAGGAGGAAAAGAAAGAGGAGCAGCGCAAGCAAAGUCGGGAGAAGAAAAAAGCCGUCAAGCAGUCCAAGAAGCCCAAAGCCGGAGUCAAGCGGAAGGCAGACAAUGAUGGCAAAUGGGAGGAGGAGGAAGCCGAACUAGCUGUCAAGAGGCCGAAAGGUGGCAGCGGGGUUAUGUCGAUGGAAGUGGAAGACGAAGCGAUGGCGCUCUUUGCAGAGACCUUCGACUUCCAGCAAGAGGGAGAAGGAGCAGCAGCUUCCAAGUGGAAAGACACCCCCAAAGUCUUUCACGACAGCGAGAAGGAGGGCUUCACAGUCUUUGUCAGCAACCUCCCGUACAGCAUGGCCGAGCCAGAGGCAAAACUCCGAGACCUUUUUGCCAGCUGCGGGGAAGUGGCCGAAGUCCGCCCCAUCUUCAGCAACAAAGGGGCAUUCCGCGGCUACUGUUACGUGGAAUUCAAGGAGAAGAGGUCAGCUCUGCAGGCCUUCGGUCUGGACCGGAGAGUGGUGGAAGGCAGGCCGAUGUUUGUCUCUCCGUACGUGGACAAAAGCAAGAAUCCGGAUUUCAAGGUGUUCAAGUACAGCACCGCUCUUGAGAAGCACAAGCUGUUCAUCUCCGGCCUGCCCUUUUCAUGCACAAAAAAGGAGCUGGAACAGGUCUGCAAAGCUCACGGGAACGUGAAGGAUAUCCGGCUGGUCACCAACAGAGCUGGCAAACCCAAGGGCUUGGCCUACGUGGAGUUUGAGACCGAAACACAGGCCUCCCAGGCGGUCCUGAAGAUGGAUGGGCUGGCCAUUAUGGACCACAUCAUUAAAGUUGCCAUCAGCGACCCUCCGGCUCGGAGAGUUCCUGAGGGGCCGGAAGCUGUGGGGAAACCGUCCCAAAGUCAGGAUUUUCAGCCGGCUUCGGGCGCCCGUCGCAAGGGAAGAACCCAGCUGUCGAUGGUCCCUCGUGCCUUGCAGCGUCCCAGCAAGCCAGCAGCCAAGGAGACGAACAGCAUGGUGGAGAACCCACCCACAACGCCCUCCCCGUCUGCGGAAAAGCCCAAGAUGAUGUCCAACGCGGACUUUGUCAAGCUGCUGCAGAAAAAGUGAACUGCUGCCCUUGACCAGCAAAGCGGGGGGCUGCCAAGCCCCCUGGAAGUCAUCAGCUGGUCUUUCCCCGAAGCAGAUGCUGUGGCUGAUCGUGGCUCCCCUCCGGUUCCAGUUUGGACUUUAUGUCCACCGAAAGCCCGAACGGGGAGGGGUCGAUUCCCCACCACCUUGAAUUAUCAGAGGGCAAAUUUAUUGAGUUGGGGUGCGUGCGAGGAAUUUGUUAAAAAUGGCUUUAAAUGCUCCCUCAUGUUGGGGGUUUCAUGUGACAAGAGCUUACUUCAAAGCUGAACACGGUAUGUUUUAAUAGUUGGGUUUUUUUCAGCUGUUCUCCAAAUGAAGAGUUUAAUGUGAAUUGAGUCUCGAUCUAGUUUAUACAAAUCCCACCACAGGCGCUGAGCUGAGCUAGGCAGCUUUGUGACACUGCCUCCGUGUGCGCAGGAGCCUUGAGCCGGUCCAGCUCCUUCUCAUGUACAAAAUGAGUAUAAAUAGCAGAUGCGAGGAACUUCACCAUAAUGGCCUAAUUUAGUAUUGGGGUAGAAGGGCAGGUGUUUCUACUGACCGUUUUGCUCAGAGUUGAGUGUCUUUUUAUACACAGACCCAACCUGCACACCUCUUUGCGGAUGUGAAAAGCACAUGGUGGUCAUUUUUGAGCUUUCAUUGACCCAGCACUAGAGAGACAGACCCUCUGCGCAGCUUCCGUGUUUCCCUUUGCCAGGUUCCUAUAAUGGUCUCUAGCCAGACCCGUUUGGGUCCUUGAGAUGUUUGGCUUGCAAUGUUUUUUUAAAAAAAAAAAGUUGUAUACAAUGUGAAGUGUGAGCCUGCGGCGUUUCCCUCUUGGGGUUCAUUAAAGUUGUUCUUUCAAGUUGA